GGGAAACUAGUUACCGGCCAUCCCGUUCUCGCUGCUCAUUGGAUGGUCCGUUAGUGAGUGCGUCCGUGCUUGACCGACUCGCUCGCUCGCGCCGCGGUCAACCAUGGAGUCAAAGGUUGGAUCGGAUCGGGUUGGGAUUCGAUGGGAGGACGGAGAAGCUAGCAAAGAUCAUCAGCUCAGCUGCCUUCCCACACCACCCAUGGCGCGACGCGUCCCGCCGGGCCGGCCGGCCUGCGUCGUCUAGCUUCUCGCUCCAUCCAAAUCCAUCGCCUGAAAAUUUUGUUUUUCCUUCAAUCCCAACGAUUGAUUCAACAGAAGGGAGAUUAGGAAAAAGAUGCAGCGGCAGCGGCAGCGGCAGCAGGAUGAAGGCACGGUGAACGCCGCGGCCAUCGUCCUGGCGGCCGCCGCGAGAACCACCACCGGCACAGGCCACCUGCACCUCCGCCGGCACCUCGACGACGACGACGACGACCACGCCAGCUGCGCCGACACGUAGCAUCCUAGCUCAUCCAUAUAACAGAGAGAGGAAGCUAAAACAGAGUGUUCUGAUGGAGUUGCCUGUGUGCUUCUGGACCCUGGAAUGGAUGAUGGCAUGCAGAGGACGACGCGAUGGUGGUCGCGCCUAAGGGCGAAGCUCGCGUGCUUCCGGCCGCACGGCCACCCGCAGCGCAUCGCCGACGCGUCGCCGGAGGCUGGCGCAGCCAGCGCCGAGCAGGCGGCGGCCGGUGCUGGCGGCUUAUUCCACAACACCCGCCACGCGCCGCAGCCCGCGGUGGCCUUCGUGGCGCCGCCGCCGUCGCCCGCGUCGUCCGCGCUCACCUCCGGUUCGCCGUCGCCCGCGGUGCUCGUGAACGCCAACAUCAGCAGCAGCUACAGCUCGCCCACCGCCUCCAUCUUCGCCGUCGGCCCGUACGCCCGGGAGCCGCAGCAGCUGGUGUCGCCGCCGGCCUUCUCCGCGGGCCUCACCGAGCCGUCCACCGCGCCGCUCACACCCCCCGCGGAGCUCUCGUGUAGCCCCCACCUGCUGGCCACCGCGCCGUCCUCGCCGGAGGUCCCCUUCGCCCGCUUCCUCUGGCACCCCGUCGCGGCGGCAGACCACCACCAGCAGCACUUCUCGGGCGGCGGCGGCGGCGGCGCGGAGGGCCUCCUCAACGCGUACCAGCUGCAGCCGGGGAGCCCCAUCCUCGUGUCGCCGGGAUCAACCUCCUCGUCGCCGCCGUCCUGGACGGUGCGGGCGCGCAAUGAGGGCGUGUCGCUUCUUGACGGUGGGCGCAUCCCCAUCACGGAGGAAGGUGGUGGCGACUGUGGCAGCGGCAGCGCGAGCCGGAACGACGACACACAUGACGAUGAAGCGGCCAAGAGCGGGGGCGAGUUUGUGUUCGGCAGUAAUGCCGAUGUGGCGGGCGGUGGUGAGGUCGCCGGCGGUGGAUCCUUGGCCUUGGGAGACGUGACUGAGCAAUGGCCCUUUCACCUUGCUCAUUGUUGAACUCUGAAUUCGGGUAGUGCAGUAGUACAGUACAUUUACAUGCUGCCGGCCAUGGUGUUGGCGUCGUAUUCAGCUGCA